ACUAGGCGAGCGCCCGAGGCCUGGGCGAGCCCGCGCCCACGACCGCGCUCGGCGCAGCGUUUUCUGCCGGCUGUCCCGCCCGCGGCGGCUCGUGCGGCGGGACCUGGGCUGUGGCGGGAGGGCGGGAAGAUGCCACAGCCCGAGUCCCAGAAGGCCGGGAUCUUGCGUUGCCGGCGCCGGGAUUCACCAGAGGAUCUUUCUGGGAUCUUCACCUUCACCUUGAGGACCUGGUGGGGAUCCUGGAGGUAAAGCCCACAGAAGUGUGCCAGCCCCCAGGACUGCAUUCUGGAGUUUCUAACGCUCAUGCCAGUUCACACCCAGCUCCAGCACAAGUUUAUGGCUCCAGUAGCGUUUGCUCCAGGAAACUGAAAAUGGCCCUUCAGCUAUGCUAGGUUUAUAAUGGGAAGCAUCACAGUUCGAUAUUUCUGUUAUGGAUGCCUUUUUACAUCUGCAACCUGGACGGUUUUGCUUUUUGUUUAUUUCAACUUCAGUGAAGUGACUCAGCCACUUAAGAAUGUGCCCAUCAAGGGGUCUGGGCCCCAUGGGCCAUUCCCCAAAAAAUUCUAUCCCCGUUUCACCCGAGGCCCAAGUCGAAUAUUAGAAUUACAGUUCAAAGAAAACAAGAUUGAUGAUGUGAUAGCUAAUCAUAUUGAAGAUGCAGAAAAAGGCAACAUGAAAUUCUCUUCUGAAUUGGAGUCAAAUCCAGGCCUGGUGGCUGGAGGAUGUAAAGAUAAGAUAUACCCUACAGAUCUGCCAGUCGCUAGUGUUGUUAUUUGUUUCUACAACGAAGCCUUGUCUGCUUUGCUGCGGACUGUGCACAGCGUCCUGGACCGCACACCAGCCCGGCUUCUCCAUGAAAUCAUCCUUGUGGAUGACAGCAGUGACUUUGAUGAUUUGAAAGGAGAAUUAGAUGAAUUUGUCCAAAAACAUCUCCCUGGAAAAAUUAAAUUAAUAAGAAAUACAAAACGUGAGGGAUUAAUUCGAGGAAGAAUGAUAGGAGCAGCUCAUGCAACAGGAGAAGUCCUGGUGUUCCUGGACAGCCACUGUGAAGUGAACGUGAUGUGGCUGCAGCCCUUGCUGGCUGCCAUCCGGGAGGACCGGCGGACAGUCGUGUGCCCAGUGAUUGACAUCAUCAGUGCGGACACUCUGGCCUACAGCUCGUCCCCUGUGGUGCGUGGAGGGUUCAACUGGGGACUGCACUUCAAAUGGGAUCUUGUUCCCCUUUCUGAGCUCGAAGGACCAGAAGGAGCUACUGCACCAAUAAAGUCACCUACAAUGGCUGGAGGACUGUUUGCCAUGAAUAGAAGCUACUUCAGUGAACUUGGGCAAUAUGACAGUGGCAUGGAUAUCUGGGGAGGAGAAAAUUUGGAAAUAUCAUUUCGGAUUUGGAUGUGUGGGGGUAAGCUCUUCAUCAUCCCUUGCUCCAGAGUCGGACACAUUUUCCGGAAAAGGCGACCCUAUGGUUCCCCUGAAGGCCAGGACACCAUGACACACAACUCCUUGAGGCUGGCACACGUUUGGUUGGAUGAAUAUAAGGAGCAGUAUUUUUCCUUAAGACCUGAUCUGAGGACAAGAAGCUAUGGAAAUGUCAGUGAGCGUGUUGAAUUGAGGAAGAAGUUGGGUUGUAAAUCAUUUAAAUGGUAUUUGGAUAGCAUUUACCCAGAGAUGCAGAUAUCUGGGCCCAAUGCCAAACCCCAGCAACCCAUUUUUAUCAACAGAGGGCCAAAACGCCCCAAAAUCCUUCAGCGUGGAAGGCUUUAUCACCUCCAGACCGGCAAGUGUCUGGUGGCCCAGAGCCGCCCAAGUCAGAAGGGAGGCCUAGUAGUGCUUAAGGCCUGUGACUACAGUGACCCGAACCAGAUCUGGAUUUAUAAUGAAGAGCAUGAAUUGGUUUUAAGUAAUCUCCUUUGCCUGGAUAUGUCAGAAACUCGAUCAUCUGACCCACCCCGACUCAUGAAGUGCCAUGGGUCGGGAGGAUCCCAGCAGUGGACCUUCGGGAAGAAUAAUCGGCUGUACCAGGUGUCAGUUGGACAGUGCCUGAAAGCGGUUGAUCCACUGAGUCACAAAGGCUAUGUUGCUAUGGCAAUCUGUGAUGGCUCCUCCUCACAGCAGUGGCAUUUGGAAGGUUAAGGCGGAUGCGAUGACUGGAAUGGAAUGCUUGUCCUGGGAAGAUCAGCAGACGUGAAACAGCAGACAUACUCUACUGUCCAUUUCGGAGCACCAAGUGACCAUCAGGCGGUGAAGAAGUAUGUGACGUUGAGGUCAUUUCUAGGCCACUGUUAAGGAACUUCUUAUUUAAUGGUAGGAAAUCAGAAUACAGUUUUAAUAUAAAGAGUCAGGUUUAUACAGAAGGAUUAUACCCAGGAAAUUGCUAGGUCUAUUCAAAUUAGUUUAUGCUUUUUAAUCCCCUUUAAUAAUGGAAUGGAAUGUGUCAUGAUUUCCUUUCUUAGAAGACUUCAUAGCAGACUAGUUAACUUUAAACAAACUGACUGAAUCCAUACAUUGUUUAUAAGAUCAUAUUUAAGGGGUGGUUAACUACUAUAAAUUAUUUUCAUGAAUUAUGGUACUAUAGACAUUUAAAAUAAAGAAUCCUUUUAAUUAUUUACCUUUUUGUAGUGGAGACUCAGGUCUGAGCUGUCCUAUGUCUGUGAUGCAUGGUAAGAAAUAAACUUGGAUUCAGCUGAUGAACCAUGUGCAGCUCUAACUGUAGGGAAUUUUCAGUUUCUAGGCUUGAACUAGGAGUUUGAAACUGAAGGUAUGUGAAUUUGGAUACUAAAGUUGCCUGUGAAACAUACAGGUAGAGUUGUUGAAUAGGUUGUUGGAUCUAGAGGUCAAGAUUUUUAUGUCAAUUAAAUAUAAAUUUAGGAA